CAGGCGUCCCCGCCCUCUUCCUCCCCGUCCGCCAUGACGCUUGCGGGCAGGGUCGGCCGAACCUGGUGAGAGGCGCCAUCUUAGAGGAGGGCAGCGGUGUUGCUGAAGUAGACGCAUCGAGUUCCGUCUGCCGUCCAGAAGAAGAAGACGAGAGAAGGUGACUGGAGGACUCUUGUCCCGACUUCGACAGCGGCUUCUUCUCGGGGUUCGGUAAAGUCCCUGCGCGCGGGUGACAAGGGGCCGGGGUCCCCCUCCCUCAGCAACCGAUAUAGGUAUAAAGGCCGCUUCGUAUAGGAUUCCCUGGGUUUCCCGGGCCGAGGCGGCUCUCCGUAGGCCCGCCGCCUAGGGCCUCUUUGUUUUCAAAUUUACGCUCUUCCUUUUGAUAAACGGCCCGUUCCCAGUCCCAAUCCGAGACUGCGACAGCUUCAUUAUAUUUAUUUUAUCUUAUCUAUGGUUGCCCCUAAAUUAACUCCAUUUUCUGCUUCCUUUUGCGUUUCAUAUAAAUGGCGUCCGUACGGCCCCGCUUUAUUUAUUUAUUUAUUUCCCGGCCCUCCCACAGCGAUUGUUUUCCUGCUCUUUAAGAUUUGUUUAGAUAAUUCGGUUUUCCCUCCCAGUCUCCCAGAUCCUUGCGACCAUCUAGGAAAGGGCAUUUGGAUUAACUGGCCUAAUCCCAAAGAUGGGGAAACUAGGGCAAAGGAAAUCCCACAGUGCGGGAUUUUCAAUAAUAGUGGGUUGUUUGUUUGUUUUUUAAAUGAAAUAAAAUAAAGCCAAGACCUGCCAUUUUUAGUGCUAUUGAUGUUACAGAACUCUCUGGCAUUGCAAUUCAGUAGGUACACUGAAAAAUAGCAAAACUAGGAAGUACAGUAAUUCUGGUUGACAAAAAAAGAGUCUCUGAUUAUCAUGGCAUUUAGCUGGUGGCAUUUGAGGUUCUUUUCCAAAACAGAUUGUUGUCAUUGGUGCAUGCUGCACUCCAAGAUUGAGCUGUGCAUCUAGUAUGUUUUAGGAAUAUAAUGUCAUAGGAUAAUCAAUUUAAAACACAAUGAAAAAUAGAACUGCCAUUGCAUACUAUUGCUAGGCAGCAUAGAGACGACUACUUUAAUGAAGAUGAGGGUGAUCAAUGGUUGCAGAGGACAUAAAAUACAUUUUGUAACCAAAAUAUCUGCAGUAUAUCCAGUUUGAAACUAGGUACUGGUUCUUCCCACUGCAGACCCUUUGCAACUGAAUUAGCUAUAAUAAUUGUGAUAAAGUUUUUCUGUGCGUUGAGCAGCUACUAAUUUAGUGUGUUAAUUUCCCCAGUCUUUCUGAUACGAGAAGAUGCAGCAGCUUUAAUACCGAAGAGUACAUUGUUUCCUCCCAGUGCAGAGUCUGGCACAGAUGGCAGUUUAGGGAUUUUCAAUAAUAGUGGGUUGUUUGUUUGUUAUUUAAAUGAAAUAAAAUAAAGCCAAGACCUGCCAUUUUUAGUGCUAUUGAUGUAACAGAACUCUCUGGCAUUGCAAUUCAGUAGGUACACUGAAAAAUAGCAAAACUAGGAAGUACAGUAAUUGUACUUCCUAAAGCUAUUAUAACUACCUAAAGCUAUUGUAGUUAGAGGUGCUUACCCUAUUCAUGUGCCUUUCAAAACAUGCAAAAAGAUCAUAGUAUCGAAGGACAGAUUUAAAGUGGCUUAGUUAACAAAAACCCAUAGGUUGAUAGGGGAAGCUGAGAAAUUGGUGGGCAUUGGCCCAAGUGGUCAUAAAUUACCUCAACUGCCAUUCUUCUACCUUGCUGUCAGAAUGUCAGAGCAACAAAUUUCUUGACCUCUGAACAUAAGCUCAUUUCAGAAUUUGACAAUGACAAUAUGGAAAUGGCUCCUUUAUAUACUUAUAUUCAUUCAGGCAUUUGGCUUUGGCAUGCAUGGUGCUUACUCACUGCAAUGAAAUGGAGAGGUGCUUAAGAGAACAGUGAAUAAAAUCUGUGUUGUGUGCUUCAAGACAAUUUGAAGUGCAUAUGAAAAUGCUGCUCUUUGCUAUCCAUCAUUAGCACUAGCUGGUUUUUGACCUUCAAAGUGUCUUGUGAACAUAUACUCUCAAUACGUGCAAUGAGACAGGGAUGUUAACUGUAUGCUUGAUAAUCAGAGUGAGGGAGACACUGUAUGAACAGAAAUUAGAAUAUGAAAGUUUCUGUUCCUGUGCCUAAACCUUUCAGCUUACAUUCCUAGAAGGGAGUAUUGCAGGGGAUGAUCCAGCUCUACAGUUCUGUGAUUCUACUGCAUUUUUUCUCACAUAAGCUCAAAAGUUAGCCCACCAUCAGUUGACUUUUGGAAAGCUUUUGUACGAUUUGAACACAAAACUGCUCAGCUUUAUCAAGGAUGUCAGCAUCAUUAUGAGAAUCUGGCUUUCAAGUACUAUUCCUACUAUCAGAGCUAUGCCCAUUAUUUUUACUGGAGGGGGGAUGGAAAAACAAUCACCUUUUCUUAUUUGCUUUUUAAAAAUUGUUGGUUUUUAUAUAUUGGUGAAAGACACCAACAGUUCUUGGAUUUCACCUAUAUAUUAAAACAGUGUAAUAUUGAGUGAAGUUAAUAAUCGUUCUCAGAGCUGGAUGUGCAGUAUGUUCUUAAACCAUGGCAGAUAAUAUACAAACUGCUUUAUAACAUGUACUUAAAUUGGGAUAGGCAGUUUAAUUAACCAAUUUUUGUGUGUGUGCCUUAAGGUAGUAUGUACAGAAAUGAACUUUGUGUUCAGGGAUUGUGUAUGCAAAAAUAAAAAUAAAAGGCUACAGAAAGGAAAUACCUAAAGUUAAUUUGCUGCUUAUAAUGCGUGUAUUUGCGCAAUUUCCCCCCAAAGGGAUAGUUUGGUUGCCACUAAAUGUGGGCUGAUUAUGGCAAAGAGAGGUUUUGUGCAUUUGUCAGAAUCUUUCUCCUCGCAGAAUUGAUCAUGUGAAGCACCAAUAUCAUUUAGUGCAAGCAAAUCAAGUUUGAAUAAAUAAAAAAAACUGGGUGGGAAGAGAAUAUAAUAAUGAAAAUUAAUUGUUGUAGUUAUAUAUAUAAUUUUCCCUUGUGUAAAAUUGAUCAUGGACUACUACUUCUUUUUCUAUUUUAGAGUCGGGUGAAAUACCAUGCCAAAAAUUACCCCCCAAAAUAUGUUAGCAUUUGUGUGAAUAAAAGAUUCCUACAUUUCACUCUUCAAUUUGAAAGAAGGAAUAUAUACUCAAAAUGGCAUUGAAAGAGGGAUCAACAAUUUCUUUUCUUUUGGGUCACUUUGUGACUGAAGAUGCAUUGGUUGCUAAGAUGCUGGACCUGCUGCAUCCUUUCAACCUUAUCACUGAAAAACAGUGACUUAUGGUGUAUCUUUGCAGUGAUGUAUGGGGGACUGAGCAAAAUUAGGUACAGAAAAAACAAAACAAAUUUGACAUUUUGACAGCAAAAUCAAACAGUUGCCUUGAUUUUGUAGUACUAAGCCUGUUGCUUUUAAAACUGCAUCAUGCAGUUAGUUUCUGCAUAAAAAUUAAUUGGAUCCCAAUUUGUCUGAAAAUCGGUCUUAAUACUCGAUACAUCAUGUGUACACCCUACGUCUAUAUACCUAUUUGUGUUCUUAUGUGGGAAACUAUUGGCCUGAAAUUUGUAUGGCAAUUUAUUUUUAGUUCCCCAAAUUCGAAACAUUCUGUUGCAAAAUUUCAAUCUUUAAAUUUAACUACCAUGCUUGUAUAUACAUUGUUGCAUGUAUAAACACAAAUGUAUUUAAGGAUACUUAUGUGUAUAUACAUAUCUGUGUUUAUACAUACAAGUAUUUUUUUUUUAACUAUACAGUUUAAUAAAGAGCGGGGAAGAUUUUUCCUUUUUUCCAAUAGGUGGAAGAAAUCUUGAAGACCAGAAAUUGAAAAAUGUGUUUUAAUUAAAAAAAAAUUAAAAUUUUCCGGCUGUGGAAGAUGGAUCUUCUUUGCAGCCAGUUUGAAACACAAGUUCAUCUUUAAAUGAACAAUUUAUUUUGAAGAGGCAAUUAACCUUCACUAUCUCCAGUCUUCCUGACCGUUCAAAUGGACUUGCUUUCUCCAGUAGUUGUAAUUCACCCUGUCUGAAUUUUGAAUGAGAAUGAGAUGUGUUCCUUGGAAAUGUGAGGAAGAAAAGUCUUUCUAUCCCGUUAUUAUCAUUUCAUGGAUUGAGUGUUGAUUCGACCUACAGGAGAAAAAUAACUGGAAGUCUUUGAAGACAGAGUUGCAUGCUGAACCUACCAAGGUAUCUCAGUGAAAAAUGUAUUCAUUUGGGAAGGUUUAGUGUGUGAACUGUAAUUCAACAGGUGCUUAAGAUAUAUCUUAGCACUUGCUAAAAUUUGAAGGGUUAUCAAAAUGACUAGCUGGCAGUAGUUUUCACCCAGUGGCCAAGGUUUCUGCAAUAGAAUAUGCAAAUGUUGUUCUAAUUAUUCAACUUGGCGCAUGUCCCAAUCUCAGCAUCCCCUCUUGUCAGUUCACCUCAUCCAUCUGUUUUAAGUCAGCAAAGAAUUGGUGGUGGUAUAGGAAUUGAACUUCCCAAAAUAUUAAAUGUGUGUUGUCUGCUUGUUGCCAAAUAUGAAACUUCUAUAUUUCUGGAUUUUGCCCUCCUGAUAUUGCUGGACAACAGAUCUUCUUGUCCCUCACCAUUGUCCAGAGGUUAAUGGGAGUCGUAGUCCAACAUCUGCAGGACACCAUGUUGGCUACCCCCUCUUUAGUGUUUCUUAUUAUGAUGUAAAGAAAUUGGAUGUCAGGAAAUUAGAGUGUAAACAGAUUUAUGUGGUUUGUUUUUAAACUGGGAACCAGUUUUCAUAACAUAUAUAAAAGUAGAAUGUGUUUACCUAACCUACUGGGGAUUAGAACUUAUUAUGUGCCAUUGAAAUAAAAAAGAGUAGCAAAGCUUGUGAUUUGUAACAUGAAUGUUUCUUUUUAUUUUCCUUCAUCUUUUUCCAAGAUUAUAUUUUAAAGAAGAUACCAGUAAAUCCAACCUAUAGACGGUUUUGCCAGUUAAACUAAACUGAUCAGCCAUCACUGAGAGAAUAUUAAACCUCUGUUCAGCCACCAGUCUCUCCAACAUAAGCUGACAAUAAAGAUUCAGCCGAAUAUGUCUAACCAAGGAGAUGAUUGUUACUUUUAUUUCUACUCCACAUGUACCAAGGUUUGUAUUUCCCCUGUCCUCUAGUCUUCUUUAUUCAUGCUUGCAGUAUUAUAAGUAUAAUGUAACCUGAUACACCCAAUAGACUCCAGCCAAGGCAUCCGUCCCUUCCUUUAGUGACUUUAUUGGUAGCCAGGAAGAGGAGUAUGCAAAGUUGUAGUAAAACCUUUAAAGUUGCUUUUGUGCAGUUCAAUGAAACCUUGGUUAUAUUAGUCUGAUUUUUAAUGUAUGUAUUGCUUACCAAGACCAUAUUUCAUUCUCCAGGGUGACAGUUGCCCCUUCCGUCACUGUGAAGCUGCUCUGGGGAAUGAAACUGUGUGUGUGCUUUGGCAAGAGCAGCGAUGUUUCAGAAGUGUCUGUCGAUUUAGACACAUGGAGAUUGAUGUAAGUAUUGUCUCAAUAUAUAGUCUAGCAGUGUGAUUACUCUUGAUAUCUGGGUCUGUAAUACAGACACUGUGUGCAUUGUUGAAGUGUAGUGUUUUUUGCAUAGAACAUUUUCCUAAAAACUAUAAAGACAUAGGCAUGAUUUAGAGCUAUCAAGUUAGUUUGUUAAGUUUAAGUUUGCAAGGUUAUUUUGGUAACUUCUGCCUUGCUUUGAAAAAAUAUAUCUACACACAUACACUUAUAAAUGAAGAAACUGUUCAUAGUAGUUUGAGAUUCCCAUGUUUAGACUACCAGCAUGAGUUUCUUAGUCUCUAAGCACCUUUCCAGCUUGAUUUGAAUUUGGGGUGCUAUUAUUUGGGUUGGUUUAUUAUAUGGGGACUGUGUGUUUUUACAGUAAAGCUACAAAAAUGAGAGAAGAAACAUGUUAACUCUGUUUUAGAUAUUUUCCCUUGUCCACCAUGUGAGUUGUCCUAGCUUUUUCAUAGUAAGAGCUAGCUUGUAGAAAUGUAAUGCAUUUAGGCCGCAAUUAGUGUCCCACAGUUAUUUCUGCCAGUAACCCAUUACCUUGUUUGCAUACUAUGCACACAUGAGAAUGUAUUUGGGAAGAUACAGGGUGACCUGUGUGGACAAGAAAUGUGAUAGCAGGACCUACCCUAAGGCUAUAAAAAAUGGAAGUGCAGCACAUGCUAUUUGGUUUUUAACAAUGAUUGUUUUUAACAGUGCAUACCAAAAGGGUCUGUAAUUCCCUAUUCUUAAACAAUAGUGGGGUAAACAUAAAGUUAGUCUAUCUUAUCAAAAGGUGUGGCAGGCAGUAGGAUUUGGAAGGAAAAGAAGAUAUCAUGUAGGAUAUAGGAAGGUAGAACUGAAAUGUAAUAAUGGGCCAGGAUCCAAAAAGCCUAUGGGUGAGUGAAAAGCAGUUUCACAUAUGCACUGUAUGUGUGUUGCUCAAUCUCUCCUCUGCUUCAUCUCUUAUGCUACAUUGCAUUUAUCUGUACAACAUGUAUUUCCCAGAAGGGCUGCUUUUAAGGGUAUGAGAGAGAGGUUGCUGGCACAGCUUGUUUACAUGAAUGCAACUCCACAUGCAGCCAGUGUUAGAAAUUGAGAUAUGAAAACUAGGAGCUAAAUGGCACCUUAAACCUAGGUUACAGGCACAACAACGGAAUGUCUAGGCAUGCUUUUUUAAUAACAAUACAAAGUUGAAAAUGAAUGAACUGCAGCUAAAAUCUUAUGUUCAUUUUUCACAUGAUCUAGUCCUCACCUGAAGACUGCAAAAAACAAAGCCAUGCUUCCCCUGCCCACCCUGCUAAUAUUCUUAAGACAGUCUCUUCUCCAGUCUUCAGAAAGUGGUUGGAAGUGGGGAGGCAGAAAAGGGUCCCCCUUUCCUUCCACUGUGCAGUCUUAAUUUGAAAUCUGCGCCCAGAGCUCAGAAACUGCUCGUGUUAAUGAAAUUCCCUGUUGCAAAAUGUGCCUAGAACAAUGGGCAUUUCGAACACUGCAGCCCUUUGGAUCCUGGCCAUUGUGAUUAAGUAGUCUCUUCACAGAUGACUGCCUGUCCUAAACGAAAUGGGAAAUAAUAUUUGCAUUAUCAGUUCUUCUCCUGAUGAAUUAUAGGCUGUAAGGGUUAUGUUGCUGAUACCAUCUCAGUGUGUUAAUAACUUACGUUGUGGACUUGCAGGUUGUUCCUAGUGUACACUUAUUGCCUAUGUUUUGUCUUCAGAAAAAACGCAGUGAGAUCCCAUGCUUUUGGGAGAAUCAGCCAGUGGGCUGUCAGAAGAUGAACUGUGCAUUCCACCACAACAAGGGACGUUUUGUGGAUGGGCUUUUCUUACCUCCAAGCAAGAGUGAGUUGUAAUUUCACCUUUUGGCAUAUCUCUUUACCCCUACCUAUCUACAAAAGAUCUUGCAUUCUUUCUUCAGACUUCCACAUUUCUGUAGGUGCUGUAAGGAAAGCCGUACUUGCCUGACUUUUCCCCCCAGCAGUGCAUCAAAAAAAUCCAGCAGCAAUACAGUAGAUAAAGGUUAUGCAGGGACACGUUCUUUAUUGCACAAAGGUGGAUGCUUCACAACAUUGUUUUUGUUGUUGUUAACCCAAAUACUACCGAAGGUGUGAGGAACCUUUGACCCUCCUUAUGUUGCUGGAAUGAAACUCACUUCCCUGGCCUUUUGCUACGCCUGCUGGGGCUGAUGGGAAUUGUAGUUCAGCAACAUCUGGAGGGCCAGAGGUUCCCCACACUUGUCCUACUAGCAGCUUGAAGACAUCCGUGUGAACACAGCACUCUGAAAAGUGAUUUACAUAACUUUAACCACAACCCUGCAGCCCUUCCUCUCCCUGUUUAAAUUGCUAUAACCACCUAGGAAACUCUUUGAGACAAAUAGCUGACUUGUUUGUAUUUAACAUACAACAGGGCAAAUAUUUUCACCAUCAUUUCUUUAUGGUUAACUUCCUAGAAGCAUUAGGUGACCAGUGUUUCAGAAUGCUAGAUCUGAUCCACAAGAAUGGUCUUUAGCGUAGAUGUGUGUGUAAGCAAGAUGAAAACUUACUGGAGAUUUUUUUCCAAAUUUAAGUAUCAAUAAAAUUAUUAUAUUAAUAUUGGUCACAAUCCUUUGCAGAAUGAUUUUGAUAUUACUGGAGAGAUUUUACACAUGAUGGAACAGAUACCUAUCUAUAGUAUUGAUAAUGGUUUUCAGCUUGUAGUUUAUAGAUUCUUGUGCAUUUUUGUUUAAAGCUGUUCUAAACGUGCCUGAACCUACGGAAGAGGAGAUGAAGGCUACACAGAUUUCAUUGCAGCAGAAUAAACUUUCUGUUCAGUCCAAUCCAUCUCCUCAGCUGCGUGGGGUAAUGAAGGUGGAAAGUUCUGAAAAUGUACCAAGCCCCACUCAUCCACCAGUUGUUAUCAAUGCUGCAGAUGAUGAUGAAGAUGAUGAUGGUGAGCAAAAUAUGGUUCCCUAAAGCAUGAUGCUUCUCCGUUGUUUCAGUGCAUAUCAUUAAUGCAGUCAUUGCUUCAGUGUAUACCCCACCUCAUCCUGCAGAUCCUCAGAGUGCCUAACAACUUAUAUAAAAAUUAAAGUAAAUUAAAAUCAAGAUGAAAACAACAAUAAAUACAUCAAAGCAGGUGAUGGCAUUGGGUAUUAUCUAGGGUUGCCAUAUGUCUGGAAUUUCCAGAACACACCCCAAAUACUGCAGCCACAAGCAGUGUCUGGGCGGAAAUUGGCAAAAUGUCCAGGGAAAUCCGGACUUAUGCCUGCCGACAACCAUCAGUGUUGUUUUUGCCGAUGUUCCUCACAAAUAGAUCAAAAAUGUCCAAGCUCAACAACUUUGCCCCCCCCCCCCAAGCUCUGGAUUAUCACUUUUUCAAAUAUGGCAACCCAGCACCUUGAAACAUUUCUUCCACUGGUGCUUCUUCCAAUCCUCUGGAGCAUAUGGAGUGGGGAGGUUUCCACCCUAUAGCAUCUGAGAGUAGCAAAACUUAAUUGGCAAAUCAUAGAUCUUCUACCUACCUUUUAAUUAAUUGCAUGUUGUACAGAUCUUACUUGACUAAGCAGGUGAGACAAUCCAAAUGAGGUUUUACUUGACUCACAGUUCUACCUUAUACAUGCCUACUCAGAAUUAAGUCUGACAUAUUUCAGUGGAGCUUGCUUCCAGGUAAAUGGGUAUAAAUCAAAGCAGCCUAAGACUUAUGCACAUUUGAGAAGCUGUCUCACUGAACAUAGUGGCCUUUCUUCUGAAUAAAUAGGAAUGGACUCAAAGUAGCAAUGUUACUUCUUUCAGAUCAAUUAUCGGAAGAAGGUGAUGAAUCUAAAAUGCCCGUUCAACAACCCUCUGCGGAGGUUUCUAAUGGAUUGCGGGUAAUUUCUACUCGGAAAUCAGCAAGUAGCACAAAACAAGGUAAAGGUAGGAACUAAUAUGCUCAAAAUAAACUGAGUGGACCCUUAGCAAGGGAUUUCGGCCAAGGAUACCUACAUUCAGCAUUUGGGUUGGAUUGUUUAUUUGCUUCAGUGUGUGUUUAUAUUUCAGUUCUUGCAAUUGAGGACUUGCAAAGUAUGUAAAUGCCGUUUGUUUGUUUUUAAAGCAAGUAUUGGAGAGAAGGACAUUAGUGUGCUGGUGCAGGAAGGUAGAUGGGGUAUAGAGAGUGGAAGGGAUAUAGGAGCUAUGCAGAAAGAUGGGAACAAAAAAAACCAACAAACAUUUUUUUUCUUAAGGAAGUGUUGUGGAAAGUUUUCUGGAAAUAUUUCCUCUGCAUAUUUAGGGUAAUGUGCAUCAGAACAUGUUCAGUUUGCAACGGAAAAUUUGCUGGUGCCCCAGAGAUUGAUCUAAUUUAGCAUAUUGAUUACACUUGUAUAGAGUAAAUAAAGCUAAAAACAUUGAAAUUGCCAAGUUUGCUUGUGGCACCCCAGAUGUUUGAUUCCCGCUCCCAUCAUCCUAAGCCAGCAUGUACAAACAAUGAUCAGAUGUGAUGGGCAAUGUAGCUCAGUAACCUCUGGAGGGCCACAGGUUCUCACCCCUGGAAUAAAUUUUCACAGGUUAUCUAACUUUCAGCUUGUUUUCUGUGCUUUCGUAUUUGAGAGAAACUUAUCCACUUACUCAAAUUUUCACAUUUUGCAGUUGAUAAUUUGAAUUUUGGAAUCAAAACCCUUGAUGAGAUCAAGUCAAAAAAAAUGAAGGAAAAAUCAAAGAAGCAAGGUGGUGAGUUGACCUUUGUAAUUGUGAGGAUAUUCCACAGCAUUAUAUUUGGGCACCCUCAUUGUUGCAGUGUCUAUUAUUAGAAGUCCAGGGUGGGCUGUUGCUUGCCUUUGCUUAGAGCCUUGCAAAUGCUAAUGUUCGAAUCCCCACGACGGGGUGAGCUCCUGUUGCUAAGCCCCUGCGCCUGCCAGCCUAGCAGUUCGAAAUCACAUCAAAGUGCAAGUAGAUAAAUAGGUACUGCUCCAGCGGGAAGGUAAAUGGCGUUUCCGUGCGCUGCACUGGUUCACCAGAAGCGGCUUAGUCAUGCUGGCCACAUGACCCGGAAGCUGUACGCCAGCUCCCCUAGCCAAUAAAGCGAGAUGAGCACCGCAACCCCAGUUGUUUGCGACUGGACCCAACAGUCAGGGGUCCCUUUACCUUUAUGUGUAGCCUUGGAUGUCCCAGUGAUCGUUGAAUCAGCAGUUUUGUGCCCUACCAUUGAAUCACAGCAAUUAAGUGUUGGGGUGGUGGCUAGUGGAGGUUGUUCGAUGAUUGUUCAAAGAAAAAAAGAAUUUUGGAUUGGACUUAUCCUAAGGCACCAAUGCAUUACAGUUGGCAUUGUAUAGUAGCCAAGAGUGUGAACUUAGAAGCCUCAUAUUCAAAUUGCAUCUCAACCACAAAUUCAUGAAAUGCCAAAUAGUGGUGGCAGUGCAGCUUAAUAUACCUUUGUCUUGCUCUUCUCAGACAACCCCUCUGAGGUUUCUGCUCAGAUUCAGACCCAUCCAGGCCCAGAAAAAGAAAAUGUACGGACUGUGGUCAGAACUGUAACUUUAUCUACAAAGCCAGGUAAGUGUAAUUCUGUUUGUAUUCAAUUCAGCAGCUCUGGUAGGUGUGGCAUUUCUGGAAAUGCCCUUCCUCUUUAUCGAUUAGUAUCAAUGCUACGAUGUGUACUCAUGUAUGUUCAUAUACACACUGCUGAGAGGUUUAGGAUCUUUUGCUGGAGAUGUGCACUUAUUAUGGAUGUGUGUUAAUCCUUAAUCUUAUUCCUACAAGAAACCCUCACAUAGAAAUAAAGGAAGCUUAGUUUAUUAUAUAAAUCAGGAGUGACAGAAUAUAUAUAUAAUGCUGCUUUAGAUAGCAAAGUUACAGUCUAAGCGAGUAGCAAAUCACAAUACAAACACACUUUAAAGAGCAGAAAAUACCCUAUCUAUUCUAACACCUACAUAAGCAAGGUGACAAUUUUGCCAUAAAGCCACACAAGAAGGGAAGGGGAAAAGGAAAGUAUACCUGUCCUUAAAGCGAAGCAGUAGGGGGCAGAGUCCUAGGAAGUGCUGGGUAAGUUCUGUUGUAUUGGAGCUGGGAGAGCUAGCUAACCUUUUCAUCUAAUGGUCUUUUUAUACCCUUUUUUGCCAAUGCAUUGUGAUGGAGAGGGUAGGGGCUAUGAAAUGAGUGAUUCUUACAAUUUCUAUAAUCACUUUAAGAAUAGUGAGAAAUGGGAUAAACUGGCCAUCCCAUUUAUUUGUUUGUUUAACAAGAGGGUUGUCAUGUGUGAUCUUCCUGCCUCUUUCACCUAUGGUCACCCUGUCCUCUCUGUUUGACAAAAGGUGAAAGACAUGUGAUAGUGAGCAAUUAUCUGAAUCUAGGCAUCUUUGCUUGCAGUCUGCCUUUAUAUCACCUUACCAUUGUGUGGGUGGAUCCCAUUGAGGAGUUGAGUAUCCUGUACUUAACAACUAUCCUGUACUUAACAACUGGUCAAAUGCAGGUUCUACUGCAAGUAAAUAACUGCUGUACAAAUACUGUUUGUUUAUUAGCCAAGAGGCUUUAACAGUUUUUCAUGGAAAAAACCACUACAUAUUAAUACACAUAUUAAAGCAAUUGGUUUACUUCAAACAUCUGUUAAAGUUGUUUGACCUUAAUUUUUGUCAGGUGAAGAGCCUCAGAUUCGAUUGACUGUUGCAGAAAGAUUGGGAAAACGGAAAUCCUCUACAGGUGAGAACCAGCAUGUAGAAUUAAAAAACCCUGCUCCUCUAUUAACGUAUCAGCCUUAUCCAUACUUUUCCAUCAAAGGUGCAUACAUGCACAAAAGUUCUGAUCAUGGGUACAUUUUUUUUGUUUUUGAACCUUGAUGAUUUAUUAAAUUACUGUAUUAAAGUAUAUGCCAUUUAUGGUAUAGAAUCUGCGGCAAGGAGGAUUUUCAUUUUUCUUGACAUUUCAGUGGAGAGCUGUGUAAAAACUAGACCGGUAUCAGCUCUUAUCCCACUCAUCUGCUUCUUGCACUGCCACAGUGUGUGUGCACGUGUAUGUAUAUCUCUGCCCUAUCUUUCUAGGCAAAAUGUUCACUAAAGGUGUCUUUCAGCAUCGUAAGACUGAUGUGGAUGUAAUUGCCACUAAAAGUAGCAAGCAUAGCUGAAAGCAAAAAAACAAAAGCCUGACAAUAAUCUUUCUUUCUUCUCCUUUUACUGUUAGUUUCUGAGAGUGGUCUCCCCCUAAAACGUAGCCUUGCUGAAAGACUGGGAAAGAAAGUAGACUCCUUGGAGAAUGCAGACAAAAUACCAAAGAGAGGUAGGUUUGUUUAAAUAGUAAAAUGUGUUCUACUUCUUUUGUAGUGCAACAAACCUGUUUAAGUGAAAUUGUUCUAAAAUGUCAAUGAAACUCCUGUUUUUAUCAGGGAUGAGGAAUCAAAUGCAUAUAAUGAAAAGGCCAUAUUAACAGUUGUUUGUUUCAAAAAUCUUGUAUGCUGUCUCCAUACAGUGAUGUACACAAAGUAUUCCAAAUUCCAUAGUCAAGGUGAUCUGUGCACAGUGCAUAAAAUGUAAUUGCUUUGAUAGAGAUUUUUAAUUUUUUUUGGAAGAAUAGUAGAUCUAUUUGCAGUUCAUUUGUGGUUCUUUUGAGUUGCAGAAAACAUAACAGUAUUUCAUUUCACUUUUAAUUUGUAUACCACCUUUCUAUAUUACUAUACAGAAGGCAGUUUACAAGCUGAAUAAACAACAAAAUAGACAGCAAAGAUCAUAUACCUGAUAACAAUCUGAUCCAAUACAAAAAAGUCAUAAUAAAAACAUAACUUUAAAAUAAACAACUACUAUCAAAUUUAAGAAUUACUAAACUGUAAUCAAUAAAAAUAAUGGCAAAUCAUGAUGCAUAAAAUGCUACAAAACAUACAAAACCAUGUAAAAGGAUCAAUUUGAGAAACAAGGACAGAAAAUUAUAACAUUAAUUUUUAAAAUACCCUGGAACUCCUCUCUUCCCAGGUGCUUCUGCUGUUUUCAAAGUCAUGGUCUGGGAAAGGCUCUUAAGGAUGGAGGGUGGUCAAGGCAGGUGGAAAAAGCCAUUGCCUGAUGGCCAGCGUGAAGUCUUUCUCCCAUCUGGAAGCAUCUCUCUUAUGAAGACUCCUUGGGCUGGAGGGUGAAGCAAGCCAUAUGAAACAAUUUUCUGUGUGAAGCCAUAGGUCAGCUUCCUCAGCCUGGUGCCCUUCAGCUCCAGCUAGCAUGGCCAAUUGUUAGGAAUGAUGGGAGUUGUAGUCCAAGGCACUAGGAAGAUUGCUGUAGGAGAACAAAACAGGAGACUCCUGUGUAACUUCCUUCACCAUUUUAUUCUUUCUUUCUGCAGUACAAGUUCCCUUGUCACUUAAAGAGAGACUAGGAUUACCAUCUGAGCAGAACAACAUGGAAACAGGUAACAAUUGGUUUUAUUGGAGUACCUUGGGAUAUCCUCUUCCUAUUUCUUGCAUGUGCAGCCUUAGUGCAAUCCAAGCUACUCUACUCAGAAGUAAACCUCACAGAGUUUAAUGUGAUAAUAAUAUAUAAAAGGCUAAAAUCUAUAAAAGGCCCAUGUCACAAAAAGAUCAGCCUGCAACUGUUCUUUUUUCUUACCUCCUGAAUUUAGAGCUCCUUUAUGGAAUGAGAUCUUGCUCUCAGCAUUAGUUCUUCAGCAAUGUUUUACAUACUGCUCACUUUUUGACUUGGAUAAUCUACUGCAAAAAACUGGCAAGGGUUGAAAUACGACAUGUACAUUUUGAGGGAAGCCCAUUUAGAAUGAGGUUGGGGGAUAAGAAGCAGAUUGUUAAACUCUCAGAGCAAAAGUAUAUACAGCCUAGAACAGUUGAAAUUUUGACUAACAUAAAAAUGCAAACUAAUUAAUUCUAUUGUGCAUUUUUUCAUUUUGCUUUGUGUUUGUGGUGUAGAGAAUGCUGCCCAACCAGUAGGCGAAAUUCGUGUGAAAACACUGGAAGAAAUCCGUUUGGAGAAGGCUAGCCAAAGAAAGGGAGAAAUUCAUCCCAAACCCAAGGUUCAAGUAACUUUUACCAUUGAUGAUCCCAAUGCAGUGGCAAAACCGUCUCCUGCCAUCAGGAUCAAAACCUUUUCAGAGGUCCUGGCUGAGAAGAAGCAGAGGCAAAUGGAAGAGGAGCGCCUAAAAGCUGAAAAAGGGAGCCUUGCUGGACCAAAGCAUGAGGGUGAGCCCCAGAAGCAAGGCUCCUUGGGUUCAGCUGUUUCCAGCAGAAGAAAGCUGGAGGAGCCUUCUGACAAAGCUAAGGACUUUAGGGAGGUGCGCAUCAAAACUCUAGAGGAAAUCAAGCAGGAAAAAGCCCUCCGAAUGCAGCAAAGUGGGGAGAACACCUCAAAGACGCAGAUGCAACCUGAGCGAACUCCAGUUGGGAGGAGACAGUUAUGCAUUACAAAGCCAACAGGUACUAUGCAUGCCCUGUUUGUAGCACCAUUUUACUACCAAAUACUCAUAUUCAGAAUGCAUGUUGAAGCAGAUUUUUUUAUAAAUGAUAAAAUUGGUAUAAAUACUCAUGAUAGAUUUGACUGCUGGAACAUAGAGUAGAGCAAUAUCAGGAACUUCAGCUGCAGAACAUACUGUAGUGUGCUGAUGUCCCCCCGCCCCCUUCCCACACAUGGCUCUGAAAUGAGCUCAGAGUAAAGGAAGGGAACUAGCAUGAGUAGGGUAUUCAUAGGAGGAGAGUAUUGGCAAUGGCAGGAGGCGUUAAGCAUUCUUUCUCCUGCCCUUCAAGUGUCCUUCCUGCAUUUUUCAGUAUUUCAGCAAAUGGGAUCGCACAUUUUAAUUUGACCUUAAAUUCAAGUGGGGGUACUCUUUUCAGUUCACUUUGUAGGAGCCUAUAACUAAUGCCAGAACAAAUAUUUCUGGAAAAAAAGUAUUUUCAGCUGGAAGUAACUUAAAUAAUCAGCCUGUUGGCAUGUCACCAUUAUGCACAUUUUCUAGUUCAGGACGGGAUAGGAUGUGUCUGGGCAGGAUGUGUUCCUCAAAAAUUGAGGAAUUGAGAUGAAAUGCCUUGCUUGUAGUGCUUCAUGGACCUUGGUGUUGGAAGGUAGCAAGCAUUUAAAGCAAGAUAGAAGACUGCUGGGUGUGGUGCUCACCCACCUAAUUUACCUGUCCUCAUAAGGUGGGAAAUAGCUGUGCCUCAGGAGAAUUAAUUCUCCUUUUAGAAUGAUCAAUGUGGUGUUUUUAACAGCUCCUGAAAGAGAAAAAAAACAUCUAGAGUUGAAGUCCUCUCCAAGAACUUUUACAUCAGAUGCCACUGCGAAGGUAAGUCUUCAUUUUGGUACACAAUACAUUCUGUGUUGAAAAACAGGCCUUGCUACUGAUGCAUGUUCAUUAUCAUCUAGCAUCUUUGGAAACUGCCAUUAGACAUCUAUGUCAGGACUGGCUGUCACGUGAUACACAAACCCUGCUUUCUCACCCUUCUAGCCCCAUUUAGAUCCCAUUAGCUAAUCAGCUCUGGGCCAAAGUUCAACAUAAUAUAUUUUGACAGCCUAUUAUGAAGGGCACAUCAUGCCACCAAGAAACACAAUGGGGCAUCAUUUUUCUGACAGACAACCCCAGACUAUGACUGCUUCAUGGUUAUAAAAAGCCAAAAAAGUAAAAACAAACAGAAGAAAGAAAUCCUGAGCACUGUCCAGAGCCAGGCCACCCAAGAAGCAUGUCAAGAUACUGAAAUAUGGGGGGGGGGGCGCUUUCCCUGGGAAGCACCUGUUUUCUCACCCUUUUAUUUCUCAUUGUCUACUCAGCCUUUGAAUGACGGCAUGAGCAAUUCACAUUCUAAAGUCCAGGUGAAGAGCUUGGAGGAGAUAAGGAAGGAGAAGCAACGGCUAAAACAGCAGCAAGAGAGAAAGCCCCAGGAGGAGAAAGUGACUGUGCCAUCUGCUGGGGAAGAAACUGCAGAAGGGAAGGCCCCAGGGGCGAAAAAUCCUGUAUCCCCAGUGACAACAGGGAAAAGCCGCCCACUUACAAAGAGGUUGCUGGUGAGAUCCCAGGAGGCAGCGCCAGAGAACGUGGGGUCAGAGGAGUCGAGACUUUCUGCUCAGCCUGUAGAACGAAAGAUUAAAGGUAAACAGCAACACCUUGAUGGUAAUCAAGAGUCAAAAAAAGGUUGGCUUCCUUAAGCUGCUCAUAAGAGGUAGAACAAGAGGCUUUUAAAUUUCUGCCAUCUAGGUUCCUACUUGUUUUAAGUUUCAGCAUUGCCCCAUGAGCUAAGUAACAAGGUGUGUAUUCUUAAUCAUACUCCCACAUUCCACUUACAUGUCCCAGGCGCAAAGGGAUGGGAUGAAUAUUCUUGCAUAAUACUGAUACACACACUCCGGAAUUGGCAAAACAUCUUGAGCUUUCAUCUAUCUCUGAGAUAGCAUGUGUGUUCCCAGUUGCUUCAAAAUGUAAUCUGGGCAACAGCUGUAACUGUUGCCUUUUCUGUCUCAUACUAUCAACCUGCGUUGCUUACUCUUGAGACAAAGGCACAAGGACGUAUGGUAUUAAAGGGACAAAUCUGAAGCCCAGAGUUCCUCUGGGAAGUCCUGGCGACUGCUUAGCCAGGUAACUGGACCUCUCUUGGUAUAUGGCAUGAAGCUGCACUUGCUCUCUCUCACUCACUGCUAGACAAUCUCUGGAUGUGGGAGAUUUGAUAGCAUCAUAUCUGGGCACUGUCCAACACGCCCGAAUUGUAUGCUUCUGCACUUGUGGCAAAGACACAUUCUUAGUCUUAGUUGCAAUAGUAUACCCUCCAACAUUUCUCUGAUGAAAAUAGGGACUUCCCAUUCCAUAAUGAUAAUUUUACUAUUUAUAUCCCACACAUCUUACUGGGUUGGCCCAGCCAUGCUGGGCAGCUUCAAACAUAUAUAAAAAAUAAUAAAGCAUUAAACAUUUAAAAAAAUUCCCUAUACAGGAUUGCCUUCAGACAGCUCAGGGGUAAGAGAACUCCCUACCCUCCAACAUUUCUCCUGUGAAAAUAGGGACAUUCUAAGGAAAAGCAGGGCAUUCCAGGAUCAAAUCAGAAACUGGGACAGCUUCUCUAAAUCAGGGAUGUCCCUGGAAAAUAGGACACUUGGAGGGUCUGCGAUAGGUCAAAAAGCCCUUUGCAGGAUGCUGCAUUUUUCAUGUAGAUAGAGAACUGCCAUGUGCAAAGAGCACUGAAUCUUUUUGUAAUUACAGAUCUGACAUUUCUAAAAAAGGUCUCGGAGGAAGAGAAGUGCUGUUUUUGGUUUUAAAAUGUGCUAUUAUGGAAAAAAGUUAGGGAGAGAGAAGAGUAACAUUGCCAUUCUGUGUUCACGGACUAACCUUGAGUUGCUUUUUCAUAUUCUAGCCAAACCAAAAGUGAAUGUGAAACCAUCUGGGGUGAAGCCCGUGUCUCCAGCAAAGCAGGCACUGAAGCGCAAAGCAUCAGAGAGUCAUCCUUCUGUUAUUGCUGCAGUGAAGCCUCUGAGUCUCAUCCCAAGCGCAAACACAAAGGAGCACCCAUCUGAAAACACAGCCCUGGUAAGAAGAUGGAUUUGUGCUGUUGGAGACUACCUGAUAGCUGAAAGUAUUAGCUUGUGCUGUAACUUUGCACUUUGAGAUAAGUAGCAGGGGUGGGCUUUUUUGCAGGGGGGUAAUAGGAUGCUCAAGAAUUAAAACAGCAUAAUGAUGAUGGAGAGAGAAAAACCUGCCACAAACUUUUUCCCCCUCUCUCAGGCAAGUGCUCCUAGUCUUCCAGAAGCCACAGAAGCCGUUGUUCCUGAGAGAGUGCAGUCUAACAGGUAAUUAUUUUAUCUAUCUUAUCUAUCUAUCUAUCUAUCUAUAACCCUAUUAUAUGUCACUGAGAUUGUCCCUUGGAACAGUUGUGCAAGCUGACUUUGAAUGUUUAUUAGCCAUUACUCAAAUGAGAUCAAGUGAAAAUUAGGAUAAGGUCCUUCAGCUUUCUUUCCAUGUAGGUUUGCAAGUGGAGGUCCAGGUAACAGGCACUGGGAAUAGAUUCAAUUAAAUUUAAUGCCAUAGGAAUCUGGGAUAUAGUGAAGUUCAUAUUGAAAAUUCCAAGACUGUAGUGGCAGAUUCUGAAGAAAUACAGUUAGGCCAGUAAUAGAUCAUAAUACUUGAAACAGCUUAAAAGAAAUUAAUACAAAUUGUGACUAUUUCCCAUUGUACUAAUUUUAAUUUUGUCAACAAGAUAGAGUCAAAUGUUACCAAGCUUUCACUCUUCAGAUCCUACUGCACUGAGGAGAUAGCAGUACUCUGGAUGAAGUGUUUAGAUAUCUCAUACUAAUGCUGACAAAAAUUUGCCUUUUAAAGCCAAAUUAUGAUAAUUUGGAAACCAACUGCAACUUGACCAGCAAGAUCAAGCAUUUGUUCUUGGUUUUUAACAUGGGUACCAACAAUACAUUUAUUCUGACAUAACCUUUUGUAGGUAAUGCUAUGUGAUUUACUGAUUUGCAAUUAAAUGGUAUAUAAAUGCCAUAAAAUAAAUAAAUGGCUAGGACUCUACUUCUGCAUCUAAAGUAGAAUUUGCUCAUCAAAGCUUAUGCUGCAAUGAGCUGAUUCAGUAUUUUAAGUUGUUCAAGACCUUAUGCUAUUUAUCAUACCUGAUAUUUCCCAUAAACUAGUUUCUUAAGUCUUGCAUUUUGUUUUUCAUACUGCUCAGUUCACUUUGAACUUAGCUAUCUUAAAAGCAAAAUGUAAGACGUGGGUGGUGCUAUGCCGCUUGGGCUUGCCAAUCAAAAGGUCACGGUUCAAAUUCCUGUGACGGGGUGAGCUCCUGUUGUUCGGUCCCAGCUCCUGCCAACCUAGCAGUUCGAAAGCACGCAGUGCAAAUAGAUAAAUAGGUACUGCUCCGGCGGGAAGGUAAACGGCGUUGCCGUGUGCUGCUCUGGAUCACCAGAAGUGACUGGCCACAUGACCCGGAAAAACUGUCUGCGGAAGCAGACAAACACUGGCUCCCUUGGUGAUGAGCAUCGCAACCCCAGGAGUCGUUCGCAACUGGACUUAACUGUCAGGUGUCCUUUACCUUUACGGCUACAUAGUGUAAACAUGCAUAGCUGAAGAAGAUAGUUUAGUGGCAUAGCAAUAAUCCAGCUAUUUCUUUCUGCUAACCAACUGCUUCCUGACCAUAUAAUAUGACCUAGAUGACACUUCAACAUAAGGCUUCUUCAGUCAUUUUAGUGUGUGAAGAGGAGAGCAGGCCGUACAUAAGAGGUUUCUAACCAUGCUUAGCUGAAUGCAGUUGAAGCCACUGGUGAUAGUGCAAAAUUCCCUGUCAGUUCUGAUCAUGCAAGAUCCUUAAUUCAGACCUUCCUAUAUAUUGCAUAUUGGUGGGAAUGUGGCAGCAAGGAUGGGCUGGUGUACACCAACUAUACAUGUUGCCCUGCACAACACCCCCUCCCAAAUGUUGCUUGAAUUCCCAUAUAAGAAUAUUAUCUCUACUCUUUAUGUACCUCCAUCCUGCCUAUUUAAGUUUCAGAUUUGUAACUAACUUAUGACCUGUCUACUGCUAGAGGAGAAACUUCCUGCACAGCUUAUUAAUAUCACACCAUUCUACUGGGGCUAAGGGUUCCCCACAUCCAGACAGGAUAUCUGUUUCCCCCUUGGAGAUGUAUCAUAUUGUUAUCUUUUCCCUCUUUGUGAAGCUCCGAACUGCAUAUGGAGAACCAGGCAGCCUCCACGUUGCAAGCAGAGACAGCAGGUGCAACCUCUUCCCAUGCAGCAGUAAAGACACGCAGACUGAGCUCAACAGGACCUGGGAAGACACCCACCUCAGUAGACGAUGACUUUGAAAAGCUGAUAUGGGAAAUCUCAGGAGGCAAACUGGAAGCAGAGAUUGAUCUGGACCCAGGAAAAGAUGAGGACGACCUCUUGCUUGAACUUUCUGAAAUGAUUGACAGCUGAUUUCAUCCCCAUAUGGUUUAUUCUGAGAGAAAAUAAAUGUUGUAUAUUUUGUUGGAUAACCAAGAUUACCCUUUUCUUGGUGAAGUUAUGGCAAGUCUUAAAGCACACUUGAACUGAUGAAAGAAAUUGGCUGCAUUUGAUUGUCCUGUAUUGCCCUGCUGGUCAGAGAGAUGUUCCUAUAUGAUUGUCGUGUUACUAUCCUGCCCACCUGAAAUACUUUGAGAAAACCACGAACAUUUCAACUAGGGUCCACUUGUUGACUCAACAACCUUCCUGUAUAUAUUUUUGUUACUUAACUGUCACAUUUUGUUUUCCAGCCUUGUGGCAAACCUCAAUGUCUGUUUCACAGCUUCUUCAUUGUGAUUUUUUUGGGGGUAAUUUCUGUAUUCCCAAGUUACUGUGUCAGCUCUUUGAGUCAUGCAAUUAUAUUUUCAAAUUUGAUUCUAGAGCCAGGAGUACAGUUUAAAAUGUGGAAGAGCAGAAAUGUAGUAAUCUCCAUCUGAACUUACUGCCACAUGGCAAGCGUGGCUUUAGGAAGAAGGAAAGAAUAUUGAACUUUUUUUAAAAAAAAAUCUUCCUCACUGUUAUUCUGUACCAUUUAGACUAGUUUCCACUAGCAAGCAUAAACUCCAUAAGGCAAAAGCUAAGAAUUUUUUUGUGUGUACCUAUAUUCAUUAAAAAUAAUUAUUGUUUUUAAAACAUGCCCUACAAGGGCAUGUGAGGUUAUUCUCAGGUUUUGUUCUUUUUUUCCUGAACUGAUGGCCUUUUUUGCUGAUAUUGCACCGGUCAUUUAAAACAAAGCUUUGGAAUGCUGCCUUUUGGCAGGUAAACCAGGUAAACCAUAUAUAUGCACUCUUCCCUGCCAAAUCCACACAGUUCUCAGCUGUGGUUCUGAAACUGCCCACCUGCAAACUUUUGUACCCAUGUACUUGAAGCCCCACCAAUGAUCUUUAUUCGGCAGUGUUCCAUGAACUCUACAGUGUGGCUGUGGAGGCUUGGGUGUAUUGUAUACCCUAUCAUUCUUACAUCCAUAUUUCAUAUGAUUACCUUUUGACUAUUGUUGUUAUCUGCAGGAUCUUUCUGGUUGCGUUCCUACCAAGAAUAAAAAUUUGCUUGAUUCUGUUGUAAAUAUAUUCACUUGUAACUUGGAAAAACUCUGUGCUUUGCAAGUUCACAUUGAAAUUUUGCCUGUGCAAAAUAUGGUUGAAUAGAGUCAUACUUUUAAAUUUAUGUUAAAAGCUGCCCUGCAUUAACUGCUAGUUGACACAUUGCUCCAAAAAAGUGGGAAACCAGAGAACUUCUGACGGUGAACAAAAGUAACAGACAUUUGAGACUGUGAAUAGUUUGCAAUAGUUUGUGUCUGCUUAUGCAGAACCUUCUGUUUGUUGACAUUUUUCUUCAUUUUUUGUUUUUGUUUUUCCAUACAAGAGAUUCCUCUCUAGGCUUUUAACUACAGACUCCAUUGCUUUCUGUACAUCUUUUUGUUUUCUAUUUAAAUCACUAUCUGAAUCAGAUAUGUUUGCUAUUUCUUUAAACAGUCUGCAGGAGAGAGAAGUAUUUGUGUUUUAAAUAAAGUUAAUGUCGGAAAUGUGUUUCAAUGUUUUAUUUCCAAAACGUUGUGCAGAAUAGAAUAGGAAUUUGCCACCUGUCAUGGCUUCUCAGCUUUUACUUGCCUCAAAUUGAGAUGGCAACAUAAAAGGACUGAAGAGCCAGAUUUCUUUUUUUAAAAAAAGUCUUGCACUAAAAAUAGGUCAUUGGAUUAUCGUAGAUAAUAGAAUCAAAUUCUGAGUUUAAGUUUAUGAUGUGAGAUUCUCACUGUCCUUUACAUUUUUUAUCUGCAGAGUUUGAUCAUAGCUCUUUUUACAUACUUGUGAGUUUUCACCUUUCAUAAAAUAGGGGUAGUCUGCUCCUCUGAGGCGCUUGUACAUAGUUGAAUAAAAAAAUGUAUAUUUGCAUGUUGUAUAUUCAGUGUUCAUAAACUAUUCAGAAAUUGCCAGGCUCCCUAGUGUCUCAUGUUAUAGAUUAUUAAUGCUGCAUCAUCAGUAUGCCUGAUGCUUUACAGAGUACAAGAGGUCUCUCAAGUUUACAUUCCAGAAUCUAACACAUGGAAAAUAGGAAAUGGAGGGUAAUACUUGAAAAUUAUUUCAGGUAUAUGUGCUUAGGCAAGAUAGGGCAGGGCAAAGGUUCUCAAGCUGGUCCAAGCUGCCAAAUAAUCAUGUAGGAUGCAGAGUCAUAAUAAAUUUGCUAUUUCUAUAAAUAGGAUUCUCCUUAGAACUCUGGGCAUUAAGAAUAGUAUGUCCCCCAGGAUGCUUGGAAUUAACAAAUUAAAUGUCUGUUUAAUGUUAAAAGUAAAGAUAAAGAAUGCACGGCACCACUGAUCUAUCAUCUAAAAGCCAGCUCAAGGAGAGAGACCACUGAUGUUCAGGCAAAUCUCCAUGUAAAUGGGAAUAGUAUAAGGGGACAAUGCAUUUUUGCAGAUGUGGCAUUUUGUUACAGCAUCUAUGGUUUUGUAUGCAAAUUGCAUGUUUUUAUCGGGGGGGGGUGCUAAUAAAUUAUUGGGCUUACAGCAGGCAGAGGGAUACUUUAAUCCUUUCCUGUGAUCCCGAGGAAAAUCCCCUUUAAACUAGUAUUUGGAGAGAAAUCCCCCAUCGGCAACACUAAUUUAAGUCUGCCUGCAGUCUUAAAGUGACUUAUUUGGAAGCAGAAAAUAACUGGAUUAGGUUCAGACCAUCUGGGUUUGUUUACAGGGGAAUGAAAUCUUGCAUCAAACAAUGCAAUGUAAACUCACCUUUUGAGUUGUACCCUCAAAUUUAAAAUUAGUGUCCAGCAUGUGAUGUACUUGUUAAGAGUCAUUUACAUGUAGAUAAGUCUUGUAACAGGGUGGAAAGGUGUUCAUAACGCCACCGGUGAAAAUGGUUUUGACUUGCUAUGCCGUUUCGCUUCAUUUGAACACCAGCAGCUUGAAAACAUCUAGAUUGCUUUACAUUUGGACUCUGGAAAUGCUUUUUCAGGGCUUCCAACUUAGCUCAUGUUGUUGCCCUGGAGAAACUCUGCAAGACUAGCAGCUGACCAACCCAGAGCCAGUGUAGAAUGCAUAGCUAGCUUUUUUGUUGUUAUUUCCUUUCUCUAAGACUACUUCCUGUGCUCCCAAACUGUGUCCUAUAAAGAUCAAUGGAGGGGGGAGCAGAUAAGAAUAUUUCUCCUGGAUACAGAAAUGUCUCUUGCACAAUUCACAGACACAAUCCAGUCUAAAGAAAACACUUGGCACACAUUUUACUAGGGUUGCCAUAUUUCAAAAAGGGAAAAUCCGGACACAAAAGUUGAACUUUUUUCGCAAAACACUGCUGACAUGGGGGGGGGGGGGAUACGGCUGGAUUUCCCUGACAUCCGGUUUCUGCCCAGACACUGCUUCUGACUGCAGUAUUCUGGUUAUGUCCUGGAAAUUCCGGAUGUAUGGCAAUCCUAAUUUUACUCUCCUGUUAAAAUCCAUCUUAAUUUGGGUUGGAUCACGUCCAUAAUUAAAAGUGCUGCUUGCACUUCAGCUAACCUGGUGUCCUCCAGAUUCUGGACUGUAACUCCCGUCAGCCCCAGUGUCAGUAUGCUAUCUGGGACUGAUGGAAGUUAUAGUUCAAAGCCUCUGCAGUGCACCAGCUUGGCAAAAGCUGCACUAGGCAAUAUAAUCACUCUGCAAUUUAUCCAGGCAAAUAAAAGUCACCAUCCCUUACGGUGAUUGCAAAUAAUUGCUAUUAGCACAGUAGGCUGAUGGAACAUGUCUUGGGCACAUGAUGCAUGCCAGAGCUGCUUGAAGUAAAGGGAACAUGUGAUUGUCCUACCUCAAAAGGGGAGGUUCCAAACAGGCAGCAUUAGACUGGGUCUUCUACAUCUAUGAUUGGAUUAAAAGAGGCCAAAUAAUUACUAGGUUUUGAGACUAUCUAGCACCUGACCUUGAAUGCUUCACUGAUAAGCCCAGUGAGGAAAUGAACACUUGUCUUUUAGCAGGAUAAAUAUUGGUCCAACAUGUCCUUCAUGAUCUCGUGUUUCCUCCUCCUAUUAGCAGGCAAGGCCAAUUCAAGGUUUGAAGGGGUCCUUGGCAAAAUGUCUUCCCAUGAUCCUUGCAGCAGCAAGUGCUCUGAUGGAGUGGCCACUGUAAAUUCUCACAAUGCCCCAGCGCUGACACAUUAUGGGCACUGUGGAAAAUUUCAGUGACAAGUCCAAGACCUCAAAUGGGGGCUAGUUUUAUGUCCCUGGGUUCUGAGUCUUCUUCCCUUGGUGAUUCUCCAGAUGGCUUCUCCUACCAUUCCUCCACGUCCAACCAGUCCAUGACAGCUGGCCACCAUUGCUCCAGGAAGACAAAACUAGGAUUGUAAUGACAGUGCAGUGCGCCUGUGGGGCUCUUGAAUCCUUGGGGAUGGUCCAGCCCUUUCCCCAGAAGGUGCAAGCUUUCAUUAAAAGAAAGCAAGGCAGCAAAGUUAAGCACACUUACCUUGGAGGAAGUACAAUUAGGUUCAAUGGACAACUCUGGGAUGGUGCCACAUAACUUUAACCCUUUUACUUGUGGAUAUUUAAAUGAAUUCAUGCAUCCCCUGCUCUAUUCACUUAAUUGUAUUACCCAUCAGGCUACCUAGAUUUCUCAUCUGGCUGUUUUGCAAUCAAUCCCUCUCCCACCCCUACUCUACCGUACUACCAAGUUUUUGGCUGCAGCAUUAGUUGUAUGAGGUCAAAUGAACAGAACAUCUCAAGCAAUUUACUACAUACUGGAGUGGCUCCGCUGCCAUUUAGCCAGACAAUUUCAUAUGUUAGUCCAAACAGUUGGAUGUGUUCACAUCUGCAAAUGCACCAACACCAUUGGGUGAGUUAAGAGGGGGCCCAAGUGGGGCACUAUUUAAGAGCCCACAAGCAAGGCCUCAGGCUUCCCAAACAUGGUUCAGUUCUUUGGGACUGCAAGAUUCAAGACCAGAAACUAACCACAUGUGAACAAUCUCUUCAUUUUUACUCCUUUCCACCCUCCCCUCAAAGCUCACAACUUGACACAGCUGGAGACGCAAAACAUACCAAGAAGCAGAAGAAAUGGGCCACAUUUUUGAUUCUUUUUAUUUACAAUUAAUUUUAAAAAAAUGCUUGCCCAUGGACAACGGAUGGCCUCACACACACAGGCUGGAUUUGUCAGCGACGGACUGUGGUGGACCACAUGACGGCGACAGACACAGAAGACAAGAGGCAGUAAAUAUUCGGCACUGAUAUCUAUUGAGGCUUUGCUUGGUUUACACUUUUUAAUUGUUUUACUGUAUUUCUCCUUUUUCUUUUUGCCAAUAGAAUGAGGCAGUGAUCUGCUGGGUCCAAUUUCUCUGUUUACAAGCAGCAAAUAGCCUGAGUAAACAAUCCCAAUCCAGUUUUCUAGAAAUCAUGAAGCCAACAGACUUGUUCAGAAAGUGGGCAAGGCCCAAAAACAGCCAACAAACUAGCCUCCCUAAAGAUUUUGGACUGUUUUUUGAAUGGACGGAGGGAGUCUGAUUCCACACCCGCUAAGACAAAAAAGUACUGUGGCCAAAAUGAAUGAUAGGAUUUAAGGCCAAGGGAAGCAACAUUGACUUCACGCAAACUGGCGACACAAAAGGCAGCAACUGCAACUUGCACCGGGGAUUCACUGUGAAACAUUGAGCUGGAUGUACUCCUGCCUGCUCAUGGGUGCCAGAGGUUUACUUUGAAACUGAUCUGGACCCCCCCCCCAAAAAAAAGCCCAGCUACUUUUCUGCUCAGACUGGGGACUCUUAUAUUCACUCUCACUCUUCUGGUUCUCUUAUGGCUAUUCCUCACAAACCUGUGCACUUGCACUAACAUGAGAUUUAUCCCAUCAAAACCUGUAAUAUUUGAGUUUCUAGAAAGAAUCCAAAGUCACCUAUGCAGGCUGCUGUGUAACCUCCAAAAGGAACUUCCGGGCUGACCCCAUUAAGAUGGAUAGUCUGCCAAGAAUUCCAGCUUGAUGGCUUUGUCCAUCUGAAAUUUUCAUCUAAUUUCAGGCUGUCAUCAAUUGGCUGUUUGAGAAAACACGAGCCAUUGAGUCCUCUAGCUGUUAUACCUAUAAUGCACACCUAUGUUGCAACACUAGCAGGGACACAUGUAUCUGUAACUUGCACUAUACUUGCUAAUGUUUGAUGAAGACCGUAGCAUAUACCCAACUAUUGAUGCUGUGGCCUUUACUGCAGCCUUGUUUAGGCUUAUCUUGUGUGAAAAAGGCAGGGACCUGCUGGCCAACCCUGCUCCUGCAGUCAUGUCACCAUUCCCAAGAAUGCUGAAAAGGUUGGAAAGUGAAUUUCUGCAGUGAAGACCACCCUGUGUGCAUGAUUGUUCAGGGUCCUAAACCCCAUGCAGAAGCUUCACAAAUGCAGGAGACUCCCCGCUGCAUGCGUUUGCUCUUCAGCUCAUGGAAAGAAGCAUGCAUGGAAAACAGUGACAUGACGGAGAGGCAGCAUUAAGACUCAUGUGCAUAAUAAACUGAAUGCCUGAACAGGGCUUCCUUUUUUGGUCUCUAAUAGGUCUUGGUCCCAGGAUUGCCAAUGAAGUAUUACUUGGGAGUGGCUGUAACCUGAAAUCUCCAAAAGUUCUCUAUCACUCAUUUGUCAAGAAACAGCAGCUGCAAAUCAUCGGCAGAUGAUGGAACAGGGAGCGUGGGCAGUGGUGGGCUGGUUGAAAGGCACAAAAAUGGCAGCUUUCACAUCUACCAGGUUAUGGCACAAAAGGAGCACAGGUCACACGCUAACAAGAACCACACAGGCCACAGAAUUCAGACAAUGAUCAGGUAAAUAAUUGAUCUGCUCUUUUAAAGGAAAGUCCAACAACCACAAGUAAUUUGGCAUCAUUGUAUGGCAGCAUAGGAAAAACAACCAUAAUAGGAAACUGCUCAGCUAUAACAUCUGUAUCUCACUUGCAAUUUUGGAAGCAACAAUGACCUUGCUGUGACCCUGCAAUCAUCCUGCUCUCUGCCAAGUAAUUAUUUGGCUCAGGUUUUUAAUCACAAAGGGAUAUUAUUACAAAGAAUUACAUACAAAGAAAAUCAUGGCCCUUUGGAGAUUCACAGGCCUGCUUGCUUCUCUCCCCAGCCUGAGAUCGCACUAACACAUUUCCCUACUCUCCAAAACAGCAAAUUUCUCCAUUAGCAUUACUUGACCAUUUGUUUUAGCAUUAUCCUGGCCUGAUUUAAAUGAGACUUUUGUGCACAAAAGCAAAACAACCCUGGACAGGAUUCUAUGGUGCUCAGCACAUUUAAAACCAUGAGCCUACCUGUGCAUGCCAGCAGUCUGUGUUGUUGUGUAAAUGCUACCCUUGCUGAAUCUGUUGCAUGGGCUGAGAAUCCAGUGGCUAAAUCCAAAAAGAGAGCCAGGCUCCCUCAUCUUUAAUAGUGGUGUUGAAGAGCUAAGCUCAUCAGGUGUAACUUAUCAUGCAGACAGCACCUGAUGACAUUCCUGCUCUAAAAGGUGCAGGAGACUGGCCUUGUUUCCACAAUUGACCACCCUAGCAGAGAACUGCUUUCAAUAGGCCAACAAGCUAUGCGAAACCCUGCAUAGGCAAGGGCUUUUCACACAUCCAGAGUCUCAUUUAAAUCACACUGCCGAGAAACCUGAAGAAUGGCGCUUGGUAAGCAGGGACCACCAACAAAUUGGAAAGUAGCAGGGUUAUUCCCAGACUUAAUAUAGGAGCAAGGCUUCAGUUCCCUCAUUCAAGAAACUGAAUUUGAGCAGGCGUUGCGUCUUGUCGUUUAAAGGAAACACCUGCUCAACUUUCACUUCUAGGUCACUAUUAGAAACAAAAUAAACUUUUUGCAGUUGUUCCUUAUCCAAAUGGAGAGCUUUUGAUCAAAGCCCCCUCUGUUAUCUACACAGAAUGUUGACUUAAGAAAUAUGUUUUGGAAUAAGCUGGGGGAUUUGCUUCCAACAAUAUUUUUGGGAUGAAAAAUGUUUGAUCAUAAAAUACAAAUUAAGUGAAACAGACCAGUUUUCUAGCUUGCCUUAUCCACUGAAUCUUGCCCUUUCGGUGCACAAUUCUCCUAGAUGCAGAAUUCACUCCUGCUUAACCCUCUUCCAGCAUGAGCAGGAUACAGACUGGAUUCUAAAAACAUUUAUAUCCUGUCUCACUAGUUAGGUUUGGAAAUAUGGGGGCUUCUUUUGCUACUAUCCUAUAAGGAUCAGCUGCAUUGUUGAACCAUUGCACUGCACUAUGAAGUAAUCCUGCUUACUCUGAAGGGGAGUACAGCUGCAAGCCCAUAAUCACUUAGCUGGAAGCAAGCCCCAAUGAAUUUAAUGGCAGAAUGGGAGUUACUACUCAGCUGUCAUGUAUAGAAUAGAGAGGAGGGAAGAAAAGCAAGAUGUUAAAGUUGCAAACGUUUGCUGUAAUAGAGAUUUUUUAUUCUUCCUAUUAAAGAAAUGUGGUGGAGCACAAUACCCUUCAUAGACUGAAGACAUUUUGCAUCUCAUUUUGCUGAAUGGUGUGGAUUGUUUCAGACACCCCACUUUUAGCAGGUACCCCAUGGAAGUUGAAGGACAUACAUUUAUUUCACCAUAUGUGCAUCAUGAAAACGUAUUGUGGCUCAAGGAGAAUGAUCAGAACACUUUUUGCCAGGUUUUUUAUGAUGAAACAUAGGGUGUGAUAAGUGCACGUAUCUAGCUCAUUCAAUGCCUGAUUCAAGAACAUGCUUUCAAAGUGCUCAAACCACAAGUGUAAUAUAUGAACUGAUCUCUUCAUCUUACACUCAACAAACCUACUGAAAUAGAGCAUUAUAUUUUUGCUCCUGUGGUACUUUCUUGGAAAGGAUAAGAAAUGCUAGAAAUAACAUUGAUUUAUUAUUUGUUUACAGAUCUUAACUGCUGUAACUGGAGGAAGUUGCUGCCUUAUGUUAAGAACAUUUAUUAUCCAUGUUGUUUCUCCACCUUUGUGGGCUUGUGAUUAAAAAUCCACCAUUUGCAAAGCACUGCUUGCUGCCUUUCACCCGUUGAAAUAAAUUAUCAUUUGGAUUUCUCUCUGUGCUGGCAUGCUGCCUUGGCUAGUAUUUGAUGGCUCUUUCUGGACCUUGCAGAGAGGUGACAGAAGUGGCAGAGGUUUUGUGCAGCUGUGCACACUGGAUAUUGAAAACGUCACAUCAAUUUUAGUUAUAUAUAUUUUUUAAAAUCUGUUUUCACGCUACAAUUUUGUUCCAAGCCAAACUUUUACAUUCCUUCAGGUUCUCCUUCAUCUCAGCUUCAGUAGAUGAUCAGUGACUUCAAAAACUGGUGGGACAUAUAUUGAAGACAUCACGGUUACAAGUGGGCACAGUUUAUUCUCUCAACGCACUCACGCACUGUUUUUGCUCAACAGCAAAAAAUGCUUUAUUAGUUCAAAACUUUUAUCCCUUUCCCCGCCUGUUGCACCUUUGAAAAAAAAAAUUGGCUUGAUUUCCCCAUCAUGGUUCCAAUCAGCAUUACCUCUGCUUGGAGUUUCAAAUGUUCUGGAAGAAGCUCAUUGUCAAUCAUUCCAAUCCCUCCCUCCUUACCCCUCCCCCCAAACAAAACAAAAAAUUCUUCCCAAGAACCAUAUAAAUACAUGCAAAACAUUGUACAUAGAGAUUAAAUAAUAUCAAAAUGCAAUUACAGAUCAGGUGCACUUUAAGCUGGACUCUAGAAUAUGGCAAACACAUCAGGGUACAUAUUGCUUUGAAACCACCAUUUGUUUAUGUCAUGCAUACCACAUAAUAUUCAGUCUUUUGUUUUGUCUUUUUUUUUCUUUUUUUAUACAAAAAUACCAGUGCUUAUUAUACUAGUUACUGGAAAAAAGGGGAAGAAAACGUAAAUUCUAAUCUGCAUGCUUCUUUAGAAAAGCCUUUUCAUUCAAAUAAAUAUAUACACAAAUAUCUAUUCCAAUACUGUAUAUAUAUUUAUUUAUGGGCAGAAAAAAACAAACAAGUAGUCUUAGCCAUGGGUUCAUCAAAGGGCACAUGAAUUUGCAGAUUUUGCCCCUUUUGGUUAGCAGGGUUAUUACCAUGACUGCAGAGAGUGUGAGAAGGACUGACGUGGAAGCUACAUUGCUUCCAAUAUAUGAUUGAAGGUAUUCUAAAGGCAGAGUAGACAAGACAAAGAGAGAGAGUUCUCGUCGUAGCCAUAUUCUCUCCUCAGUGGUGCAGGCAGCUUGUCCUUCUCUCAUCAAGGUGCUCUGCUGAGGAAGAAGAGCCCUUGUCCAGAGUUAACCUUGACCGGUGACUUCUCGAGCAGGUGUGAAGAGAAGAUGAUGGUUGGCAUUAGGCUUCCAAGACCUCCCUGCUCCUCUUUAAAACUGUGGCUGCGAUCAGGCUUGCACCCACCUCAAGCAUUUGUCUUAACCUCAACCAAAAGGAAGAGUAGACCGGGAUGGAGAGGGGAGAUGCUGUAAAGCGGACACAGAUCCUCUGGGUGGAUGACGGGGAUCUUGGGAUGUGGACCAUUUAAAAUUAAAGGCAUUAGGAGUCUUCAGUGGACUUCAGCUCCAUCACGAUAGAGCCUUGUGUUGAUUUCGAAGAGAAGAGGCAAGUGAAAACACAGGCAGAGAAUUCUAGUAACAAUUCAAAAUUUGCCCUUAAGCAAGACUGAUGUCUGCUCAUGACUGCCCAUGGCUAAAAUUACAAUUAGAUUUGUUUUCCUUCUGUAGUUGUCUUUUUGUGUUUUAAAAUAAUAUUAUCUUAAAACUUAUUGCACAAAACUUUUGAAAAAAAUUAAGUCAGAUCCCUGUGCGACUCAAUAAAAAUAACCAAUUAGAUAAUUCUAACUCCUAAAAAUGGAUAGUCUUCAUUGCACACAGGAAGUGAUGUAAUGUCUUUGGUACCAAUCUGCCAAUUUAUUUAACAAAAAGAGAAUAAAUUCCUACGAUUAAGAACUGGAUGCAAAAUUAUGUCCAGGGUUUCUUGUUUCUCUCUUAUAAAACAACAACAAGACAGCAUUCCAAGGCAAAGUAACACACAUCACAGGAUAUUACCUCAUUUCCUGUCUGGCAUGGCACAACCUUGAAUUAUCCCCACCCCCCAAGGAUCACUCGAUUGGCAGCAAAUAUCUUCCCGCCCUUCAUGGUAUGUUUCAGAGAAAUUGCAAUCUAUCCCCAUCCCCGAAAGGCAGAUCAUACACAGAACUAGGCUUCGGUGCGUGGAUUGCCUUACAUGGGCGCUAUCUAAAUGCACAUAAAAGGAUGCCUUGUGGACUUAAAACAACAGCAGCCUUGCACCAGGUGCUGAUCUUUGUUGAACUGGUUUUACUUAUCUUUCCGCUAAGAUGUGGCUGGUGCAGUCAACCUUUGGCAGUGCCGUUCAACUGUUUGGGGAGGUGGUGGUAGUGGUCUCCCUUGCCCCUCCAUCCCCCAAGCAGGUGAUCUGUGCCGUGGAAGCCCCAAAUGCUGGCCAUUCAUUUUGGGGUAUGUGUGUGUGUGUGUGUGUGUUCCUACAUGAUUGUGGAUUGGGGCUCAUGCCUCAUAUCUUCAGCACUCUUUCUCGGCCACAUGUUUUGCUUUUUUAUAGUUCCUGAAUAACUUAAGCCAGCCAACUGCUGCCAGUUAUAUCCAUGAAACUAAAACAGGAAAGAAAGAAAAAACUAAAACCCAACCUAUUUUACAUUAAGAAUGUUAUGCACAAUAAACACUUAUACUUUAAGCAACCAGCCAUAUCAACAUAAUUUAUAUAAAAAACAUUUCUGUAUAACACAACUGAUUUCUUUUUUUUAAGUACAAAGAUGGCUGUUCAGAGAAAAGGAAGCCGACUGGAGUCUGGCCCAUCACUAAAUUCCAACCACCAGCCAUGUGACUACAUUCCACUGCAGUGACAUAACUCAGCAGUUCUGUUUCCUUUAAACAAAAUACAUAUGGCUGACUUAAAAAUAUCUGUUUCUGAUCUAAAGAAAACUAUAUAUUUUUUGCAUAAUAUUUAUAUAAUUAUUUCCCCACCUGCCCCUCCCUCCCGAGGAAGCUAGACACACAAAAAGAAAAACAAUGGACUAAAAUGUAGGCCAGACCCCCUCACCACACUGGUCAAUUACAGAUCUCUGGGAGUGACUUUGUGAGGGCCACGUUUUCUUCUUCCAAAACAUGUUUGAGGUAAGGAAAAAUAUCAAAGAAACAACAGCAAAAAAAUUAUCAGUAUCCCCUCCCACAAAUAUUUAUGCAAGCGCAUAACACCACUUCUUUCUUUUUUUUUUUGCAAGUUUUUAAAAUAGAAAAAUGACCUUUGAAGCAAUGUAAUCUUUAGAACGUAACUAAACAAAAGUUUUUCUUAGUCUUGUUUGCUUAGGUCACGCAGCAAGAGAUGGCAGUUUCCCUCUUUAAAUUCCUCCUGAUGUUCGGAUGAAUGGAAGUGAAUUUAUCUGGAAGGAAAACAAGGUUUGUGGGGAUGGAAUGGUGCCUUAUUUGCAAUAAAGAUGGUCACUGAUGGUUAUUUCUCCCCCCCACCCCCCCAGAUAUUAGCAGCUCCUUGUGCCUAGCACUGAAGUCCUCUUUACACCAGCAUUGGAACAGAAGAUCUACUGAGAAGGGGUUUUCACAGGUCUACCUCAAACUUGCAAUGGAAUUCAGGAAUCAACCCGCAAGACGAAGGGGUUUUGAGUUUAAAAAUGAAACCAAAACACUCAAUUAAGUUUAAUUUUGCUUGUUUCUUUAAGGAACACUUAUCUCUUGGCAAAGUACCGUCUCCCCACGUGGCAGGCGGUGCUUUGGGCAGUGCUUAGACAAGGCACAGGAGUUUCUGCUGUGCGUUCUUCCAAAGGAAAGCUGUACACUUUUGAACGUCGGGAUGAUGGCCAGAAAGGAGAUACAGCUACAAGCAACUAGGCUCUCUCUUUGCUUCCAGGCAGCACUUCCCAGGUUAAGCAUUUUGUGGUGACCCAUCACACCAAGUUUUGCCCUCGGUUUUUAAAACUGUGGAUGCCCAUGCUUUACAUUCUCUCUCUCUCGUACAAACUGGCCCUCACUGAGAUAUGCUCUGAAGAGUUUCAGCAAGUGCCCCAUAUGGCUACGCACUGCAAGGCUGUCGCCCGACCAGCAUCUUAAUACUAGGAGAUGCAUGCUAAGAUGAGGAUGACGCCACCCUCGUUCAAUGCAAGAGCUGAUUUACCUUCUCCAGCAUUUUUUUUUAAAAAAAAACUUAUUAUUUUUAGGCAGCUUAAGCCGCAAUAUCAAUUUUGGGGAAAGGAUGCAGGCCGGUUUCAGUGAAAUGAAAAGGGAAGGCACUCCUAAUGAGAAAUGUGGAGAAGCCGUAUUGCUAUGGCUCAUUCAAAUUAUAACUGAGGAAGGUGCUUUGUGAUGUAACUAGGCCCAACUCCAUAGCACCAAGUCAUUUGCAAUUUCACAAAGGCAUUUUCAUUCCUGUUACACUGUUAACUCUUCAACACACAAAAUGCAAGAGAAGCUGUAGUAAUAGCUCAUUACUAGAGCUGGCCUGGCCCAACUUCUUUACAUUUUGCACUGUCUGAGGAGCUACCCCUCUUCCCAUAAUAAGCCUUCUGAAAGUAUACAGCGACCAUGGCCUGGACUUAUGCAACGUUAUUUGGGAUCAUUUAUUAUUAUUAUUAUCAGGCGUGGAAUUGGGAUGUUGACCUUAUAGGGCCAAUGACUUCAUUAAUCUGAGAGUCAAAAUAGUAAAACCCUAAAGUCAAAUUGAACAGAAAUCACCUCAGCUAACACAGAGUGCCUAUGUGAUCUGCUCUUAAUUCAUAUACAACUCAUUUCCCCCAGAGGCCAUGUUUCAUUCUCUCAGAGAAAAUGGUGCUCUCAUAACUCCUUGUUGCUUGGCCUUCUUCAAGCCACAUUGUUUAGAAGACAUUUUUAAGACUUUAAAAGUCACUCUUAUCUUCUGGUGAUUGAUACCACCAUGGAAACAGAGAGAGAGAGAGAGAGAAUACACAAACAGAAAAAUGGUAAAAUUCAGGUACCAUUCCCUCUCCCCUCCCCCCCAAUGGAAGACUGGGUUCACUUUCAUGUCCAAUACCUGAUUCAGAUCCCCCUCUAAUAAUGGCAUCCUCUUAGUGCUCAUCCCUUCUCCCCAAGGGCACAGGGAGGCAUCUAAGAUUCAGAUUCUGCACAUAAAAUAGAGCUAUCCCCACAACUGCACCAUCUGAUGUUGUAAACACAGCUGCUUAAGAGAAUCUGAACCUUGUUUCUUCACGCAUGCAACUUCAACAAGGGAAAGUGACUGUUACAGACACACGGAACCCAACUUGAAGGAACAAGAUGUAUCAAAGCUGGCAGUUUCUCUCCUGAGAAACUCUCUCAAAUAAUGGUUGAGAAAACAAUGGUUGAGAAGCAAAUCUCUAGCCAUGUGGUAUUGUGGUUCCUGCGGCUAAAUAAUCAUAAAUGGGGGUGGAGGAGGGAGAGAGGGAGGAAAUAGGCAUAUAUGUAUUAGCACUUAACAGGAAGUGGCUGCAGUGUAUGGUCAGAUGUUGGUGCCUAAGUUGCAUGGAGGGGGCGGAGGGUGGGGAGAAAGAGGAGGAUCAAAGUUCAGAGGUCAAACUGAUGUUUCCAAGCUGUGUAAAGGGCUUUCUGGCUCCGGAAUGGUGUCCUCAGCUGUAUCGCUGUCCACUGCAUUGUUAUUUUUGUUGAGGGGUGAGGACUCGCCUGGGCUCUCCUCACUUUGCUUUUUGAGUUCUUCAGCUUCUGGGUCUUCGUCAGUGCCAUCAAGGAAUGGGGUCCGAGGCUCGUCUUCCUCCAGGAUGAACUCUGGGUGAGUCAUGAAGUUAUGAAUGGAGCUUCUGGAUUCGGGUUUCUCGAGGCCUUCAUACAAGGAGCUACGGAACGCAUUCACCACUUUGAUCUGUAUCAAAGAGGGAUUGGGGAGUAAAACAGACAAACAAGCAAAAACACAAAAGUGAGCGGUGGCCAGAGAGAGCUCUUCAGGACUUCAGGGGGAAGAAGAACUCAACAGGUAUAAUGAAAAACAAGAACAGCAGCGGCAGCAGCAACAACAACAAUAGUAGUUUCCAACAACAAAAAAAGCUAAAAUCAAUCUUAAAAAGAGGACCUAUGGAGAACCAGAAUGGCCACAUGGGUCAAAGGUCAGGCACUAUGCGUGUGAUGGGGCAACCAACUAUGAGGACGCUUCAGGAGCUGCAAGAAAAGACAUGUAACAUUUCUAAGACAAUAGCUUUGAAAUGCAUGGACAUUCAAAGCACAACCAUUCUCAAAUGUGUGUCUAUGUGUUCAGCAGCAGCAACAACAAAUACCCCCAAUAAAACAGCUCAAAGUGGCAAGUUAAGACAUGUACUCUUGCAAAGUGUGAUUUGCUUCAAGGUGAAAUUAGGCAGGGAAGCGAUGGUGUCACUUUUAAAUUUCCAAACCUAUAAAGAUUAAUUAGCUGAAUGUGUCUCUCUCCCACAAACAAACACCAAAAAAUUGAUCAAGACCGUGUACUGCAGCAAAUCCAAGCAGAAUGCCGAUAAUGAUUAAUGUACCAGUGCGCAUGCAAGAGUUAACCUGGUGAUGGCUGCUAAACUGCAGGAGCUCCAGAACCAUCUUACGAGUCAGUGUGCUUUGCAGUUGGCAGCGAUUACUAACUGCAGACCUAGCUCUGAAGGCGUGGGGAACUGUGGCCCUCCAACUGUAUUGGACUACAACUCCCACCAUUCCUAACUAUUGGCUUUGCUGAAUGGGGCUCAUGAGAGUUAUGAGUUCAGCAACUGCUGGAGGGCCACGGUUCCCCUGCCCUUGCUUUGCUAGUAUCCAGCUGCUCAGUACAGGAGCCGGUUCAGUGUUCUUGGCUUGUGGAAACCCCCCCACAAAAAAAAAGCCCAAGGAAAGGACAUUCAGCGUGUAGCCAUAUGGACAAUUUUGGCUGAUCACAGACUAGACUAUCUCUCCUCCAGCUCACUUUUCUGGUGCAGAGAGUCUUGGUAAGAAAGAAAAACUGAGCUUUCAACUCCC